AUGUAUUCGUGUGCACGAGUUUCAUAUGCUACCCCUUUCAUAUCUUUAGCGGAACGACUGAGUUUUAGUUCUGUAUAUCCAUUCCAAAAAUUAAUUAUUUGUGUUAUAAAGGGAUCGAGCACAUCAGCAUCAGAAUCUCAAAAAAUUCGUGGAACGAAGCGAAAGAUCACACGUAUUUUUUUAGCAGUUUCUCACGCAAAAAAGUUGAAACUCAGUUUGCCGUUAGACCGCUUCUUGCCCACAGAAUUAGGGGAUCGAGUCCUUAGUUGUGGUGAAGGCGAACAGCUUGGCCACCCAGGAAGAACAACUACUAAGAAACCGCGAGCGGUUGGUACACUACCUGAAGGCAAAAAAAUAAUGCAAGUUGUUGCUGGAGGAGUUCACUCACUUAUUCUGUUUGAAGAUGGAUCUGUAUAUUCAUGUGGUAUUAACGAGAAGGGAACGGUUCCAGCGGAAGGUGUCGAACCUGAAGACUCUACAGACAAAUUUGCUCAGAUUAUGUUUAAAGAAUCCGUGGAGAAGGAAGGGAAGAUGGUAAUGUUGACGGCAGGAGCUAGUUUCUCCGCAGCGUUGACGGAUAAAGGAAGCGUUAUUGCAUGGGGGAGUUUGAGGGACUCGUCUGGUUCUUUGGAAAACCAUAAAAUUUUACGGGACAUGGAAAAUGGUCCUGUUGUUAUAGUACACCAAGGUGUUCAUCAGAUUGUCAAGAUUGCAGCCGGUGAAAAUCAUUUGGUUAUGUUAUCUUCAGCGGGGGAGAUUUUGACUUUUGGUGACGGGUCGUUGGGGCAACUUGGAAGAAGCGCACGAGCAAAGUUGAUCAGGUCACAGUAUAUGGUAGACGAUAAGGGAACUAAUUUGAAAGUUACGGUUACGGAGAAAGGAAAAACAAUUUAUUUUGAUGAUAUAUCGGCUGGAGGGUAUUGGACUGCCGCACGAACAGUUGAUGGUAGGGUUUUCGUGUGUGGGCUGAAUAAUUUUGCCCAGUUGGGCAUUCCCACACCCGAAUCUGAUCAAAAAGCAGAAGAAGAGCCGGAACUACGUAUCAUGCACCUCACAGUUUCACCCGCUUUUGGAGAUAUAAAAGUGAUGCAGUUGUGUGGAUUGCAGCAUAUUAUUGCGCUCGAUGAACAAGGUCAAAUGUACGGUAUCGGGAAAAACACCGAUAAUGCGUUGGGCUUGGGUACUUGGACUGGGAAAGAUGACCAGGAGCAUUGGAAGUAUGAGAAACUACAAAAGAUCGAAAUGCCGUCGAAAGUAGCGGGAGUCACAGCCAAGUUGGGGUGCUCAAUAGCUUGGGAUAUAGAUGGAAAAGCCUAUUCUUGGGGCUUUGAUACAUCCGGCCAGUUAGGUUUAGGGAUCAAAGACGAUGAAGAUAAAGUAGUCCCACACCCGAAAAUCAUUACUUCAGCGCACCUUGAGGGAUAUAAAAUUAUUUCAGUUUCUAUUGCGGAUAAUCAUGCUCUUUUUCUUGCUAAGAAAUUAUGA